GCCCAAAGCCAGGUGUUCUGACUCCCAUCGGGGGGCUCCCUGCACCAACCAUGAGCCGCCUGCUCUGGAAGAAAGUGGCCGGCGCCACCGUCGGGCCAGGGCCGGUCCCAGCUCCGGGGCGCUGGGUCUCCAGCUCGGUCUCCGUCCCCGUCUGCAGCGACGGGCCGCAGCAGCCGCAAGUGCCAUCCUCGGAAGGCGGGCAGCUACGGCACAACCCAUUGCACAUCCAGAUGCUCUCGAGAGGGCUGCACGAGCAAAUCUUCGGGCACGGAGGGGAGAUGCCCGGCGAAGCCGCGGUGCGCCGCAGCAUCGAGCACCUGCAGAAGCACGGGCUCUGGGGGCAGCCGGCCGUGCCCUUGCCCGACGUGGAGCUGCACCUGCCGCCCCUCUACGGGGGCAACCUGGACCAGCACUUCCGCCUCCUGGCCCAGAAGCAGAGCCUGCCCUACCUAGAGGCGGCCAACUCGCUAUUGCAGGCCCAGCUGCCCCCGCAGCCCCCGAACUGGGCAUGGGCGGAGGGCUGGACCCGAUACGGCCCCGAGGGGGAGGCCGUACCCGUGGCCAUCCCCGAGGAGCGGGCCCUGGUGUUCGACGUGGAGGUCUGCUUGGCAGAGGGAACUUGCCCCACAUUGGCGGUGGCCAUAUCCCCCUUGGCCUGGUAUUCCUGGUGCAGCCGGCGGCUGGUGGAAGAGCGUUACUCUUGGACCAGCCAGCUAUCGCCGGCUGACCUCAUUCCCCUGGAUGUCCCUACCAGUGCCAGCAGCCCCACCCAGAGGGAUUGGCAGGAGCAGUUAGUGGUGGGACACAACGUUUCUUUUGACCGAGCCUAUAUCAAGGAUCAGUACCUGAUCCAGGGUUCCCGCAUGCGCUUCCUAGACACCAUGAGCAUGCACAUGGCCAUCUCAGGGUUAAGCAGCUUCCAGCGCAGUCUGUGGAUAGCAGCCAAGCAGGGCAAGCACAAGGCCCAGCACCCCACACAGCGAGGCCAGAAGUCCCGGAGCAAAGCCAAUGGCCCAGUGAUCUCAUCCUGGGACUGGCUGGACAUCAGCAGUGUCAACAAUCUGGCAGACGUGCACAGCCUCUAUGUGGGGGGUCCUCCCUUAGAGAAGGAGCCUCGAGAACUGUUCGUCAAGGGCAGCAUGAAGGACAUCCGUGAGAACUUCCAGGACCUGAUGCAGUACUGUGCCCAGGACGUGCGGGCCACCCAUGAGGUUUUUCAGCAGCAGCUACCACUCUUCUUGGAGAGGUGUCCCCAUCCGGUGACUCUUGCCGGCAUGCUGGAGAUGGGUGUCUCCUACUUGCCUGUCAACCAGAACUGGGAGCGUUACCUGGCGGAAGCACAGAGCACAUAUGAGGAACUCCAACGGGAGAUGAAGAAGUCGCUGAUGGACCUGGCCAACGAUGCCUGCCGGCUGCUCUCAGGAGAGAGGUACAAAGAAGACCCUUGGCUCUGGGACCUGGAGUGGGACCUGCAAGAGUUUAAGCAGAAGAAGGCAAAGAAGGUGAAGAAGAAGGAGCCAGCUGCAGCCAGCACGUUACCCAUUGAUGGGGCUAGGGCCCCUGGAGAUCCUUUGGAUCAGGAAGACCCUGGCCCCCCCAGUGAGGAGGAGGAGUUUCAACAAGAUGUCACAGCCCGUACCUGCUUGCAGCAGCUGAAAGAGACCACAGAGCUUCUGCCCAAGCGGCUCCAGCACCUUCCUGGACACCCUGGGUGGUACCGGAAGCUCUGCCCCCGGCUAGAUGACCCUGCAUGGACCCCAGGCCCCAGUCUCCUCAGCCUGCAGAUGCGGAUCACACCUAAACUCAUGGCGCUGACCUGGGAUGGCUUCCCUCUCCACUACUCAGAGCGUCAUGGCUGGGGCUACCUGGUGCCUGGGCGGCGUGACAACCUGGCUAAGGGGAUAAUAGGCACCACUGUGGAGUUGGCUGGGGUGGCCUGCCCCUACAGAGCCAUCGAGUCCCUGUACAGGAAGUACUGUCUCGAACAGGGGAAGCAGCAGCUGGAGUCCCAGGAGGCAGGCCUGGCUGAGGAGUUCCUGCUCACUGACAGCAGUGCCAUGUGGCAGACGGUGGAAGAAUUAGGCUGCUUAGAAGUGGAGGCCGAGGCCAAGAUGGAGAACUUGCAAGUUGCAGCUCUGACUGCUGCUGGUGGCCCCAAAACCAGCCAGCCCACCUAUCACCAUGGCAACGGACCUUACAACGAAGUGGAUAUCCCUGGCUGCUGGUUUUUCAAGCUGCCUCACAAGGAUGGUAACAGCUGUAAUGUAGGCAGCCCCUUUGCCAAGGACUUCCUGCCCAAGAUGGAGGACGGCACCUUGCAGGCAGGCCCAGGAGGUGCCAGUGGACCCCGUGCCCUGGAAAUCAACAAAAUGAUUUCUUUCUGGAGAAAUGCCCAUAAACGUAUCAGCUCCCAGAUGGUGGUAUGGCUACCCAGGUCGGCUCUGCCCCGUGCUGUGACCAGGCACCCCAACUAUGAUGAGGAAGGCCGCUAUGGGGCCAUCCUACCCCAGGUGGUGACUGCCGGUACCAUCACCCGUCGGGCUGUGGAGCCCACAUGGCUCACUGCCAGCAAUGCCCGGCCUGACCGAGUAGGCAGUGAGUUGAAAGCCAUGGUGCAGGCCCCACCCGGCUAUGUCCUUGUGGGUGCUGAUGUGGACUCACAGGAGCUGUGGAUUGCAGCUGUGCUUGGAGACGCCCGCUUUGCUGGCAUGCAUGGCUGCACAGCCUUUGGAUGGAUGACACUGCAGGGCAGGAAGAGCAGGGGCACUGAUCUGCACAGUAAGACAGCCACCACAGUGGGCAUCAGCCGUGAGCAUGCCAAAAUCUUCAACUAUGGACGAAUCUAUGGGGCUGGGCAGCCCUUUGCUGAGCGCUUACUAAUGCAGUUCAACCACCGGCUCACACGGCAGGAGGCAGCUGAGAAGGCCCAGCAGAUGUACACCAUCACCAAGGGCCUCCGCCGGCCAGGUGUGGCACGGAGAAGGCACUCCCAUGGGAAUGAUGGUGGUAACACUACUCCCAGGUAUCGACUGUCGGAUGAAGGGGAGUGGCUGGUGAGGGAGUUGGAUCUCUCCGUGGACAUGACUGAGGAUGGCUGGGUUUCCCUGCAGGAUCUGCGCAAGAUCCAGAGAGAAGCUUCAAGGAAGUCACGCUGGAAGAAGUGGGAGGUGGUUGCUGAACGAGCGUGGAUGGGGGGCACAGAGUCAGAAAUGUUCAAUAAGCUGGAGAGCAUUGCCACGUCUGACACACCAUGUACCCCAGUGUUGGGCUGCCGCAUCAGUCGGGCCCUUGAGCCCUCAGCUGUCCAGGGGGAGUUUAUGACUAGCCGUGUGAAUUGGGUGGUGCAGAGCUCUGCUGUGGACUACUUGCACCUCAUGCUUGUGGCCAUGAAGUGGCUGUUUGAGGAAUUUGCCAUCGAUGGGCGCUUCUGUAUCAGCAUCCACGAUGAAGUUCGCUACCUGGUAAGGGAAGAGGACCGCUACCGCGCUGCCCUGGCCCUGCAGAUCACCAAUCUCCUGACCAGGUGCAUGUUUGCCUACAAACUGGGUCUGAAUGACUUGCCCCAGUCAGUCGCCUUUUUCAGUACAGUCGAUAUUGACCAGUGCCUCAGGAAGGAAGUGACCAUGGAUUGUAAAACCCCUUCCAACCCAACUGGGAUGGAAAGGAGAUACGGGAUUCCCCAGGGUGAAGCGCUGGAUAUUUACCAGAUAAUUGAACUCACCAAAGGCUCCUUGGAAAAACGAAGCCAGCCUGGACCAUAGCUCUGCCUGGAGGCUCUGUA